AUGUCCCUGGUUGCUGCUGGGAUUGGGAAGCUAGUGGAUGACGGAAAGCUUCAGUGGACAACAUCAUUGCGUUCUAUCAUACCUGAGGUCGACAGAUCCUGUGUUGACUGGACGCACAGAGCCACAAUAGCCGAUAUCCUUGCCCAUCGCUGUGGGUUAGACGGGGAGGUUGUGAAUCUGUUAUCUGAUGGUGGCAACAACACUAUUUCGUCUUCGCUGAAGGCGUUGUUGAAAACCGUCGCCAGCAUCCCUCGCCCGCUACCGUAUCGCGAGAGCUGGCACAUGUGUGUGUGGGCCUAUGCACUCGCUGCGCACGUCAUAGAGCGUAUAUCUGGGCAGCCAAUUCAUCAAUAUCUUCAUGAAGAAUUGUUUCAGCCGCUUGGGAUGAAUUCGACCACGCUACGCCCGUUAUUUGAAGGGAACGAUAAUAUGGCUGACCCGCAUUAUUCGCUCAGUAAUGGGGAGGCGUACCCAUUGGGAUUCCAGCCAAGCUUUGGGGGAUCAGCAUUUGAAGCCUCUCGCGCGGCAUACUCGACAGUCAAUGAUCUUCUUAGAUUGGCUAAAGCAACGUUAGCGGCUAGUCAGAACAUCGAGGGAUCCGUCAACGCAGUUUUGAAACAGAUUCCGCAGAUCCUGAGCAAUCAUGUUGCAAUGGAGAACCCAUCACUUUUGGAAAGGUCUUACGGAUUUGGUUGGGCGAGAGCUCAGCUCCCUGGUGUUGUCGGACUUCUUGGUGGUAAUUCGAAACUCUGGGAAAUAUCUGAACAGCCUGUCCUUGGAGCUGGGAAUCAGUCUCGGCUCAUGGUCUACCACCAAGGUGGAGGCCCAGGUUACUCCUCUUUCCUUGCUAUCUUUCCAGAGACUCAGUCGGCUGUGGUAGUCCUCAUGAACACCAGUGCGGUUAGCGAUGCUGCUGAUUGGAUCGCGCGAAGUCUAGUCGAGGGCCUGUUUGGCUUUGCAAAUCCCACAGAUUAUACGAAGCUGGCAGAGGAAGGCAGAAGACGACGGCUUGACCGAUUCAAUAAAGUUCAUGAUAAGUUGGCCGAAGAGCGAGUCCAAGGAGCAUCACUAGUGCCGCUUGAGUGCUACAUCGGCAAGUACUUCAACGAGAAGUAUGAUUUUAUGCUGGAGAUUGCUUUGAACCCGACUUCGGAGAGCAGCCUCAUGAUAUAUUUCCAAGGCCGACAGACUCAGAGUUACAAUCUUCGUCACCACCAUGACCAUGUGUUCGAGUGGAGCUUGUCCUUUGACGAAAUUCAGAAAGCAGGAAGAUAUGAUGUCGCAGAUCCUUCGUACUAUAAGAUACGCUUCGAAGUCUAUCCAGACAACCGAGCGUCUCGGAUAAUUUGGAACAUCCAUGGGGCAUCAGUGCCUGAUGGUCUCUCAUUUGAGUGGAAAGACGAGCGUCUUGAGGAAGGAUGGCGGGCAGUACACGCCGGUAUGUAA